ACUAAACUGGACUUUUCGAUAAUUCGUGUUUCGUGUUUUGAAAAUACUACACAGUGCUCUCACUGCAUUUGUCGAUGAGUUAAAUUGGAUUGUAAUCAAACAUCUGUUCAGAAAUAGAAUAAUUCUUAUUUCUUACAUAAUAGUUGAAGGCACUGCAAACAGAAAAUGACUGAGGUUCAAUUACAAGAGUUUAAACUGGACCCCGAUUCGGAGUUACGAUUUGAAGUUGAAUCGAAGAACGAAAAAGUUGUAUUGGAGGUCAAAAGUGGUUAUGCGGAGUUGUUUGGCACUGAGCUGGUGAAAGGGAAGCCCUAUGAGUUCCACACCGGCGCUAAGGUCGCUGUGUUCACAUGGCACGGCUGUACAGUAGAGCUGAGGGGCAGGACUGAAGUCAGCUAUGUGGCAAAAGAAACACCUAUGGUUGUAUACCUAAAUGUACAUGCAGCUCUUGAACAGCAAAGGGUAUCAGCAGAGCAGGAGUCCACACGAGGACCAGUCACGAUGGUGGUUGGACCUGGAGAUGUGGGCAAGUCCACUCUGACUCGUAUCCUGCUGAACUAUGCAGUGAGGAUGGGCCGCAGACCAAUAUAUGUUGACCUGGAUGUCGGACAAGGACAUAUUAGUGUACCUGGGACCAUUGGAGCUCUGCUAGUGGAGCGACCCGCCAGCAUCGAGGAGGGCUUCAGCCAGCAAGCUCCAUUAGUUUACCACUUUGGACACAGCUCUCCCGGAGAGAACCUGGAGCUGUACAACACUAUAGUGUCCAGGCUCGCUGAGGUUAUUGCCGAGAGAUGCGAGAAUAAUAAAAAGGCAUCAACGUCAGGUGUUAUUAUCAACACUUGCGGCUGGAUCAAAGGGGCCGGAUACAAAGUGCUCACACAUGCCGCGCAAGCGUUUGAGGUCGACGUGAUACUGGUGCUUGAUAACGAGAGGCUAUACAACGAGCUCAAACGAGACAUGCCGAAGUUCGUCAAAGUUGUCUACCUACCAAAGAGUGGCGGCGUUGUAGAAAGAUCAUCGACCCAGCGGGCGGAGUCACGUGACGCCCGCAUCCGCGAGUACUUCUACGGCAAGCGGACGCCUUACUACCCGCAUUCCUUCGAUGUCAAGUUCACAGAUCUCAAGAUAUAUAAGGUGGGCGCGCCGUCGCUGCCGGACUCGUGCAUGCCGCUGGGCAUGCGCGCGGAGGACGCGCUCACGAAGCUGGUGGCGGUGUGGGCCUCGCCCGCGCUGCAGCACCGCCUGCUGGCCGUCAGCUUCGCGGCCGCGCCCGACGACGACGUGCUGCACACCAACCUCGCGGGCUUCGUCUGCGUUACUGCCGUAGACCCUGAGCGACAGACGCUGACGAUCCUGUCGCCGCAGCCGCGGCCUCUGCCCAGCACGGUCCUGCUGCUCUCCGACCUACAAUACAUGGACAACCACUAGUCCUCGCUGCACGGCCCCCCCGCCCACGCCCACUCCCAGCCGUGGGGGUGGCGCUACACCAACAUCUCGCUACACAGGAAGUAAACUUGUGCUAAAAGUGACUCUACACGUGAUUGGACUUGGACUUAAUUAGAUGUGACUAUUUUAUUACAUUUAUCUGAUUAGUUUAAUGUAGUGCUGAUGUAUACCAACAGAAAUUAUGUAGAGAUUUAAUAUAUAAAAGUAGUUGUAGUAAUUACUUUUGAAAAGUGAUCCGAAAUUUGAAUCUUUGUUAAAGUACGGUUUAAUUACGCUUCGGUAUUUAUCGGGAUUGUUCGAUGAGUGUUGGAGCCAACUGAAGUCCUUACUAGGAAAAGAGACCCGGCGUCACGCGGGCGAAUCCAUCUCAAUAAAUACGUGUGAAUAAAACAUUCUUACAAUUAAAAAAACGCCUCACAGGAGUGCUAUAAUAAGCGAUUCAAUUUUGUAGUGAUGAAGUAUAUUAUUUAACUUACAAAUUAUAUCACCCAUAUAAUCCUUAGAUAUUUACAUUACAAUAUAAUACUGUAUAUUCUUUGUACUUAUCAAAUUUAUCAUUGUUCUAUGCAUAUGUUCACGUGUGGAGAAAAAGCAUGAGUUUGUGUAGCAAGGGGGGCCGGCUUACCUGUACCGUACGUGAUACGAUCCCUAAGGAUCUCAAACAGACUGUAAAUAUAUUUAGAUUAGACUAAAUAGUAGAGUAUUUGACUAAAUAAAUAUAGUUAGUCCGUCAGAUAGAUUUUCAAGAAAAAAAAGAUUUGAAAAAGUGGUUUCAAAUCAGAGUGACGUCAUUUACUAGCAAACUUUUCACUAGCAAUUGACGUCACCAGCUCCCACUUCCAUACAUUUCGCCAUCUUAAUUGCGUGUAUCCAAUAUUUUUAGAGAAUUAUCUGACGAAUUGAUUAUAUUUAUUCAGUUAAAUACCUUACUGAUAAUAAAUACUUUUCUACCUAAUCUUAGGAAUUUCAAAUAUUUUGACUGAAUAAGAAGGUAUUCUUAAAAUUACGAGUUAACUUGUACAAUUGCUAAUAAUUAAUAAUAAAACAAAAAAGAUAAUAUUU